UUAUUGGUCUAGUUUACAUUUCCGUCUCUGUGGUUAAGUCAACGUGAGCUUCUUGUACGUGUCUGUUAACCAAGCCACGUCAAAAUAUUUCUUUAAUAAGAUGGAGGAAGUCGAUUCUCUGACAAGAUAUGUCUCUCCCAUAAAUCCUGCGAUUUUCCCAGUUCUAGCAGUGGUUUUAUUAGGAAUUGGAAUAUUUUUCACAGCAUGGUUCUUUGUGUAUGAAGUCACCAGCACAAAAUUCACUAGGGAUAUGAUUAAAGAAUUAUUAAUUUCUCUAGUGGCAGCAUUAUUUUCUGGGUUCGGUGUAUUAUUCUUACUUCUUUGGGUCGGCAUUUACGUAUAGGUUAAUCUCGUCAGUGUAAAAAAUAAUUUUUAAGGCAACGUGUAAUAGCAUUUAAAUAAUUCCAUUACAAUCCAGCAUCAUAAGAAUAAAAACAAUGUAUUUUUACUAAAAUGUGCAAUGCAAUGAUUAAUCUAUACAUUUAUCACACAAUAUAUAAGCAUUUAUAUUUCUUAAUGUUUAAAAUUCCUAUUCAAGGUACAUAAUUCCAUUAUAAUGUAAAAAAGAAUUAAUUAAAAAUUACGGAUUUUUUUACAAA